CGGCCUCCCAACUGUCUCUUCUUCCUCUCCAAAGUACAAACUUUAAGCCUGAAGAUGGGCCAUGGCAGGUCUUUAUUCCUCAAUCUCUUCUCUUUCUCUGAAGAAACUUAUUCAGCCUUCACAACGCAUUUCAACUCUAACAUAUCCAAUUCUAACAGCCCACUCAAAGCUCUGUAUACGCCAGAUAAUGAAUUCGAGUUCAAGCUCUUCUUCCACUCUGACCUGCCAAGUUCCGGCUCUUGACUCUGAUGAAAUGGAUCGCAUUGCAGAUCAUACCUUUGACAGGUACUCUUCCAAGAUUGUAAAAAGGGUAGGGAAAGGGACUGCCAUUGUUUGGUUCAGGAACGAUUUGAGAGUAUUGGACAAUGAGGCUCUGUUCAUGGCUUGGGUUUCAUCCGAGGCGGUUUUGCCCGUGUAUUGUGUGGAUCCUCGACUUUUUCAAACUACCUAUCAUUUUGGCUUCCCUAAAACAGGAGCUUUGAGAGCCCAAUUUAUCAUCGAGUGUUUGGCUGACUUGAGGAAGAAUUUGAUGAAAAAGGGACUCAACCUGCUAAUUCGACAUGGGAAACCUGAGGAAAUUCUCCCUUCUCUUGCUGAAGCUUUUGCAGCCCACACAGUAUAUGCACAAAAGGAAACAUGCAGUGAGGAAACAAAUGUUGAGAGAUUAAUCAGUAAAGCACUCCAGCAAGUAAAGUUGUCGCCUUCUCCAGAGAAGUCCAAAAGCCAUGGCUCUUCAAAAAGUCCUAAGCUACAACUUGUUUGGGGCAGCACUAUGUACCACAUGGAUGACCUCCCUUUCUAUACCAACGAUAUACCUGACGUGUAUACUCAAUUUCGUAAGUCUGUUGAAGCAAAAUGUGCUAUCCGAAGCUGUACUAAAAUGCCAACUUCUCUUGCACCACCACCUAGUGUUGAGGAUUGGGGAUGUGUUCCGUCAAUUGACGACCUUGGGUUUCAACCACAAAAGGUUAACAAAGGAAUGAGGUUUUUGGGAGGUGAAAGUGCUGCAUUGAGCAGGGUCUACGAGUACUUCUGGAAGAAGGAUUUGCUGAAGAUAUAUAAAGAGACAAGAAAUGGGAUGUUGGGACCUGAUUACUCAACAAAAUUCUCUCCAUGGCUUGCUUCAGGAAGCCUUUCUCCUCGUUUCAUAUAUGAGGAGGUGAAGAGAUAUGAAAAGGAAAGGGCAGCAAAUGAUUCCACAUACUGGGUUUUGUUUGAAUUGAUUUGGAGGGAUUACUUCAAGUUUAUCUCAGUCAAAUAUGGAAAUUCACUAUUCCAUUUGGGAGGCCCUCGGAAAGUGGAGCGCAGAUGGACUCAAGACCAGAGAUUGUUUGAAUCUUGGAGAGAUGGCUGUACAGGAUACCCUCUCAUUGAUGCCAACAUGAAGGAACUAUUGAGCACUGGCUUCAUGUCAAAUCGAGGGCGGCAGAUUGUGUGCUCCUUUCUUGUUCGAGAUAUGGGCAUUGACUGGCGUAUGGGAGCUGAAUGGUUUGAGACAUGCCUCUUGGAUUAUGACCCCUGUUCCAAUUAUGGGAAUUGGACUUAUGGUGCAGGAGUUGGGAAUGACCCUAGAGAAGAUCGCUAUUUCAGCAUCCCAAAGCAAGCACAAACCUAUGAUCCUGAAGGAGAGUAUGUGGCUUACUGGUUGCCGCAGCUGCAAAAACUUGAGAAAGAUAAGAGACACUUUCCUGGAAAGUCAUACACCAUGCAAGUUGUACCUCUCAAAUUUCGGAACCCUAAGAAGCAGUACAGUCAGGACAGGGCCUAUGCCACUAGGCAAACUAAUCAUGCAGGAAGACAGACCAAAGGAUUCAAGAGAUAGCAAAUUACUUGGCAUUAGGAACUAUUCAACAAUCUAGUCGUGUGAAAGAGAUUACACAAUGUGUUGAAGUCUCAUGCCCUUCUAAGAUUCAGAACACAAUAUAUUAUAGUUUUGAAAGCAGAGAUUUUAAGACAAUUCAGAUGAUUAUUCAAUCAAUUGAUGUAAACUUACUGACUUAUGUUCCAAUGACGAAUGUUGGGAUUCUGGGAGAUUUCAUGAACCA